GGAGGAAAGCGGAAGCCGCGGGGCCUUCUAAGUCCGAAAGUCUCCGGAGCUUGCGCCAGGCUCUUCGCGGCGCCCCCCACUUAGACGCGGGGCUUCUGAGCGGGUGGGGGAGAAGGAACUGUUGCCGGUGCGGAGACCAGGCGGCCAGCGUCUGCAGGGAUGAACCUCGAGUUGCUGGAGUCCUUUGGACAGAACUACCCAGAGGAAGCUGAUGGGACUCUGGACUGCAUCAGCAUGGCCCUGACCUGCACCUUUAACAGUUGGAGCCGAGAUGGUCAUAAGCUUGUGAGUGCUUCUACAGAUAACAUAGUGUCACAGUGGGAUGUUCUUUCAGGAGAUUGCGACCAGAGGUUUCGAUUCCCUUCACCCAUCUUAAAAGUCCAAUAUCAUCCUCGAGAUCAGAACAAGGUUCUCGUGUGUCCCAUGAAAUCUGCUCCUGUCAUGUUGACCCUUUCAGAUUCCAAACAUGUUGUUCUGCCGGUAGACGAUGACUCGGAUUUGAACGUGGUGGCAUCUUUUGAUAGGCGAGGGGAAUAUAUUUAUACAGGAAAUGCAAAAGGCAAGAUCUUGGUCCUAAAAACAGACUCUCAGGAUCUUGUUGCUUCCUUCAGAGUAACAACUGGGACAAGCAAUACUACCGCCAUUAAAUCAAUUGAGUUUGCCCGGAAGGGGAGUUGCUUCCUGAUUAACACAGCAGAUCGAAUAAUAAGAGUCUAUGACGGCAGAGAGAUUUUAACGUGUGGAAGGGAUGGAGAGCCAGAGCCUAUGCAGAAGCUGCAGGACUUGGUGAAUAGGACUCCAUGGAAAAAAUGUUGUUUCUCUGGGGAUGGGGAGUACAUAGUGGCGGGCUCUGCGAGGCAGCAUGCGCUGUAUAUCUGGGAAAAGAGCAUUGGCAACCUGGUGAAGAUCUUACAUGGGACCAGAGGGGAACUCCUGCUGGACGUGGCUUGGCAUCCAGUCCGACCCAUCAUAGCUUCUAUCUCUAGUGGAGUGGUGUCCAUUUGGGCCCAAAAUCAAGUAGAAAAUUGGAGUGCAUUUGCACCAGACUUCAAAGAGUUGGAUGAAAAUGUAGAAUAUGAGGAAAGAGAAUCAGAAUUUGAUAUUGAGGAUGAAGAUAAGAGUGAGCCUGAGCAAACAGGGGCUGAUGCUGCUGAAGAUGAGGAAGUGGAUGUCACCAGCGUGGAUCCCAUCGCUGCCUUCUGUAGCAGUGAUGAAGAGCUGGAAGAUUCAAAGGCUCUAUUGUAUUUACCCAUUGCCCCUGAGGUAGAAGACCCUGAAGAAAACCCGUAUGGCCCUCCACCGGAUGCAGUCCCAAGCUCCUUGAUGGAUGAAGGGGCUAGUUCAGAGAAGAAGAGGCAGUCUUCAGCAGAUGGAUCCCAGCCACCAAAGAAGAAACCUAAAACCACCAAUAUAGAGCUCCAAGGAGUGCCGAAUGAUGAAGUCCAUCCACUACUGGGUGUGAAGGGGGAUGGCAAAUCCAAGAAGAAGCAAGCAGGCCGGCCUAAAGGAUCAAAAGGUAAAGAGAAAGAUUCUCCAUUUAAACCGAAACUCUACAAAGGGGACAGAGGUUUACCUCUGGAAGGAUCAACGAAGGGUAAAGUGCAGGCGGAACUCAGCCAGUCCUUGGCAGCAGGAGGAGCCAUCUCAGAACUGCUGUGAAGACCGUGGAACCCUUGGUUCUUCUCACUCUGUCAUCAGGUAGCCUUUGGACAGCGUGGCCAAUCAUCUGAGAUUGGCUUUAGUUGAAAACAAAGGCCUCUGCCUCCCACCCAGGAGGUGAAGGAGUGGAUUUUGUGUUUGAAUGAGGAAGUGAAUUAUGGAAGAAGAGCACACGGCCCUGCCUUCCUUUCAAGCAGAAGUCCAAACAGGCUCUCAGGAACGCGGAUGCGCGAAGACGGCAGGAGGCUUGACCCACUUCAACUUCACACCAGGUUGUGUUGCUGGUGAAGAGUGCCCGUGUUUUGUUCACCUAACUGUUGGAGUCCCAUCUUUGGACGUGUCAUUUCCCAUGUCCUGCUUGCCUUCCGUCCUCCAUGCAUGUCCUCGAGUGACUUGUUCUUUUCUGAAAAUUUGCUACCAGCACCUAGGAAGACUGAUGCAUCUUCUGUUUCUUUCAUUCAUAACUUUCCCCUCCCAGUGCUUCCUGUAGCUCCAUAUUGUGUAUAAAGGUUGGGCAGAGAAGCAAGUGCUCGAAAGAUUUCAGACUGGCAGGAAAGGAAGGAGGAACGAAGGCCCCUAUCACGCUAUCUUACCAUGCCCUUUGCUCAGGAGGCUGGGCUCUAGAGAAUCAGGGGUUCCCUUGCAUUGCAUGUUUUCCAGUAUUAGAUCCGUUUGAAUAAUCAUGGCUUUUGGAUAUGAUUAGUUUUAUCCAUCUCCAGCUAAGAAUCAUCAGUAGUUUGUGUAUCGCUUUACCUGUGUUGACUUCCAGAGUUAGAAACAAAGCAAGGUGUGUUUCUCCACGAGGUUCUUUUUUAUGGGUGUGGGGCACUAUGCAAGGACUGACAUGAGAGACCUCCACCCCCAAAUCAAAGCAACAGCAGCCCACUUCAAAUCAAAGAUGAGGUUCGUUCCUUAAAUCCUUGCCUGUGGAGAACCUGUCCCCGGCAGCCAUAGUUUGUCCUUUCCUGGAGCUACGCCCCAUUACUGUCUUCACUCACUUCCUUUCUGUGAAAGGUUGCUUAGCUUUUACCCUUCUCUUUCUCACCUUGGCUCUCUCUGCAUUUGCUGUUCUUUUAAUAAAAAUAGCAAAUUGAAUGGAUUUGUACAAUAAGUGUUUGAAAUUUUCUGAAAAUCCAAAGUCAGGAAGCCAAGUGUGCGAAGGGUUAGUGACGCCUCUGGCAAUAGCUUUGGCUUGCCCUGGGCCAUACUCUGUCAGCACUGAAAGGAGGUUUAAAUACUAUGCUAAUUGUGAAAUCUCUUAUCAGUUGGUGGAGGCUCCUUCAGACAGCCAAACCCGUUGAUUACAUUGUACUGUGGUAGAUGUGACAGGGACACGCUGGAAGUUUCUAGUUCUGUUGCUCCUGUGCUGCUUCCAAGUGUGAGUGAGACCAAUGGUUGUGAUUGGUAAGUGGCUCACGGGAUGUUUUUAUUUGUAGACAUUACCUCCAUGUCAUGUCUCUGUACAGCACACUGCAGUGGUGUGCAAGCUGAUGCAGGGGUUUCUGCCUUCCCUGUGUGAAGUGGCUUGAUUUCCCUCCAUCUGGAUGCUAAUGCUGUGUCCCAUUUCCAUUAAUGAGCUACUGAGUAAAUCAGCUCAAACCCUGCCAGAUUGUCUCUGGCAGCAGCUCCUAAUAAUUAUUUAUGCUUUGGGAAUCUUUUUGUCGGCUUCUAGAACCUUCCGUCCACUCUCAGCUUAGGUUUUUGAUUUGUGUAAUAUAUGUAUAUUCUUUUUCCUUGCUGUCGUCCUCCCUGCCUCUCCGUUUUGUUUCUUAAAAUGUUCUGUAGUUUUGUACAAGAUGAGACUUAGCCUUGGGUACUUCUUGCUAAAGCUUUAAUGCUUUGUAAAUAAAAUUGGAUGUUUAUUAAACCACAAGUAUACAUGCUUGUUUGUAAACACUGCCUGCUUCUGGAACUCAGCAGCCAUCUUUGUGUUUGUACAGUAGAAAAUACGUGUGGAUUUUAGAUCUUUCUCUGUGGUCAUUUGGAUCUGGAAAGGUCAGGCAGUUUGGAGUCCUUCCGUUGUCCAAACUAGAAAUAAAUGAUUUGAGCCAAAAGCUGAUGUUAAUGAAAACAGUCACAUAGGGUUUUCUUAUUAUAAGCUUUGAAGAGGCCACAGUGCUAGGCAUUCAGGGAGGUUAUAGUAGUGCACCUAGAGGUUCUAGCCUUCCAAGGAUCUUUGUUAGUCUAAAUGUAGUUAAUAUUCUUCCUUGUUAAUCCUGUUCUCUGAUGAAGUAAUUUUAACAUCAAUACAGAAUAGUUGUUAUCUCAUAAAGAAUAAGAUAUCUCAGAGACUCAAGUAGUAUGGUUUCAAAGAUUACCAAAUCUGUCUGCUUGCUACUCUGUUCUGUCGCUAAGAACCCAUCUUUAGCAUCAUAGCUGCUUCAUAGCAACCUUCAUUGAUGCGAACAAUGAGCUCUUCUGUGCUGCGGGGGUAAAUAGAGCAGACCAGAGUCAGGCAGCACCAGUCCGCCUCACACUAGGCAGGUCCUGAUUCACUUAGAACAGGACGAGCUGCCUCUGCCAUAGCGUACUCACUUGCUCCUUUGGAAGGGUGUGUUGGACUAAGUCUCUAACCUGGGCUGGUCUCACAUGGGUGUAUAGCUGAAGCUGACCUGGAACUUGUGAUCUUCGUGAGUGCUGGGAGAAGGGCUGUGCAAACUCCCAGUUUAUGUGGUGAUGGGGAUCAAAACCGAGCUUCAUGCAGGUGCAGAACGCGUGCUGCCACACUCCACUAAAGCUUUUUCUUUUCAGGAGACAGGUCUUAGAGUUAGCCCGUUUAGCCCAGGCUAGCCUUGAAUUUGCCAGCAGUCCUGCCUCUUUGAGGCUGCUGUCACCAUACCUUGCUUUCCAUUUCUUUGAAAGUCUAUACAGUGAAGGUAGUUAAACCUGGGAAUGGGGCUUUCAGGUGCAGUGUUCAAAGGGACCUACCUGAAAUGGACAAGGGGGGAGUCACGUGGCUCCAGCCCAGAGUUGUCUGUUUUUUUCAAGACGGUUUCUUGGUGUAACAGCGCUGGUUAUCCUGGAACUCGAUCUGUGGACCAGGCUGGCCUUGAAUUCACAGAGAUCCACCUGCCUCUGUCUCCUGAGUUCUGGGAUCAAAGGUAUGCGCCACCAGGCCCAGCCAAAGUUAUCUUUCUAAUAGAGGUGGUUUAGGAAUAUUCACAGUAAAUUAUUCAAGAUAUUCGAAUUAACAUCCUAGCCCAACCUUGCCUCACCCCUUUUGUAAGACUGGUUUUGUAUCUGAUCAGAUUUAGUACGGGACUUUGAAACUCUCCCACAGUUUGGGAGGGAGGGAAAGAGUUAGCUUAUACACCUGGGUAACAUGGAAAUUCACUUCAGCUUCUCAGGUCUUUUCCUUUUUUCCUUCUAAAGCCUGUGGGUUUAAGUUCAUUAGGAAGCGACCAGAAUUGUGCCCUGGAAGACGCCCCUGGCAGGCUUAAGCAAGCAAGCUUAGAGAGUCAAGCGACAAUACUGUAAAAAGUCUUCCUGCCUGUGGCCUUACCUAAGACUAUGGACCCCGCUUCUGUGCACAUCUGUGCAUGUGUCUGUUUUGCUGACAACUGUACAUUAUAAUCUCUCAAUGCUCAGGGCUAUUCCAAGCUGGAGGCUCUGUUGUGGUACAAUAGAACAUUCAUCUGGAAUGCCUGCUAGUAAAAUACUGAGUCAUGAAGACUGGGGCCAUCGUUUUUAUCCUUAGGAGUCUGUUAUCAAUAACCUACCUGCCUUUGGUGUUGAUGACACUGGACAUCCCUGAGGAGCUACAAAAAGCCGUGGGGAGAGUCAUUGUCAAUGCCACAGGAUGCAGUGUUACAUGUGGCCUUGGCUACAAGGAAGAGACGGAGUGCGAGGUGGGUCCCGACGGAGUGAGGAGAAACUGCACGUUCCAGCGUUUGGAGUGUGUGACCAACUGGAUCUGUGGGAUGCUCCAUUUCACCAUCGUCCAUGGGAAGACGUUUGAGCUGAACUGUCUCAGCUCAGACAUCCUGGAGAAAGGGCAGGAAGCCUUCCGCUUCACCUGGAGGCUUGCCCGGGGCAUCAUCUCUACUAACGACGAGCUUUUCAGACCCUUCCGAGCCAAUUCCCCCUUUAUAGGAUUUAAACCAGCCUAUGAGUAUAACGCUGGGACGUAUCGAUGUGACGUGCAGCUGCUAAAAAACUUGAAAUUUGUCAAGAGGCUCUAUUUUGGACUGAGGGUCCUUCCUCCAAAGUUGGUAAACCUAAAUUUCCAACAGUCCCUUACUGAGGAUCAGAAGUUGAUAGAUAAGGGCUGGGAAGUUAAUCUGGACAAUGGGUCUAAGCCUCACCUCCCUGUGUGGCAAAGGAAAGUGACAUCGGCCUUGGGCAUAGGAAUUGUGGCUGGAGUGGUUGGCGGCGUGUUGGUGAGCGUUGCUGUCUUCAAGGCCCUGGGAGGGACUGAUGGCAGUGGGGGCCGCACCCGCUUAUGAUGCAAGUCUUCCUCCCAGGAGGCUGGCUACCUAGGAAGCUAAGCUAGAUUGUAUGUGUGCCUCUGAUGGUGAAGUGUCAAAAGAGGGCUCUCAGCCAGAGUUGGCUAGGAGGCUGGGAAGAUGUAACCUCAGUAGUUCAGGGCAGCAUCCACCAUUGUAUUCAGGUUUCCCUGAUCCUAGAUGCUCAGGAGAUCCACUGCAGGCUUAGGUUCUGUCCCUAGAGAGAGUUCUGUCUUGCAAGCUUGUUUUUGUGCCACACUUCCCAGUGUGUGUGCCCCGCUCACCUCCACUCCACCUCUCUGAACAGUGUAUUGACCAGAAUGUACUAAUCGCAGCCUUUUAUGUUGGGAGUUUUUUUUUAAUUUUUUUUUUGUUUUGUUCAAUAAAAAUAAUUCACAGGAACUUUA